GGGGUGUUGUAUUUUGUCACAUAGAGACAGCCUUUGCCCCACUGGGGUGAUCGAGCAUCUGAGGAGCUCACACACAGCAACAGCCUCUGUGGGAGUGGAUAUCUCAGCUCCAGUAAAUAGACAUUUCUAGGGACUAUGAGCUUUGAGACAUCAACAAGAAACCAGGAGUGUGAAAUCCUGUAUCUUGUAAACUAGUGCAAGAAACUUAACACCAGCACCUUUCCAUGCCAGCAUCUUUCUGGGACCAUUAUCCCUUAAGUCAGCAAAAUCAGGCGUGCAAACACAUCAUCAGUUCUUAAAUUAUUUAAAUAAGCAAGUAAAGCUGUUCAUCCAAUUGACUGCAAUUGCAAUCUGAAGCUUAUCCAGUUCUUAUUACAACUAUGAAGCCAUUUGUCACAGACACAAAGGAAGAUUUCUAACAUUAACGUGAAAUUGGUGUUUGACAGUGCUGGAUCACUUGUCACUUGUGGUGGAAAUGUACAGCAUGCUGAUGACAGAAAACCAUUUGACAUCACAACAUUAAAGAGAGUUUGUUGGGUCCUGGACGGGGCCACCCAUGAUGCUAUCACCAGUUUUGUUGGAAGACUUUUUUUCAAAAAGAUUGGUUCCAGUUUAUUAUCACCUUGUGGGAGAAAAGGAGAAACUGCUUCUUGAUUCACUGAAUGUUUAUUCCUGAGCCUUUGACCUAAGGAUGGAGGUGGUGGGAGAUUUUGAGUACAGUAGAAAGGAUCUCAUUGGUCAUGGGGCCUUUGCCGUGGUCUUCAAGGGGCGCCACAGGAAGAAAACAGACUGGGAGGUGGCUAUAAAAAGCAUCAAUAAAAAGAACUUGUCCAAAUCGCAGAUCCUGCUUGGUAAAGAAAUAAAGAUCUUGAAGGAGCUACAACAUGAAAACAUUGUGGCCCUUUACGAUGUGCAGGAAUUACCCAACUCCGUCUUCCUGGUCAUGGAGUACUGCAAUGGAGGGGACCUGGCAGACUAUUUACAAGCCAAAGGUACGUUGAGUGAGGACACCAUUCGUGUAUUCCUACAACAGAUUGCUGCGGCCAUGCGUGUUCUGCACAGUAAGGGAAUAAUCCACCGAGAUCUGAAGCCACAAAACAUCCUUCUCUCUUACGCUUCUCGGAAGAAAUCUGCAUUUAGCGGCAUCCGGAUUAAAAUCGCCGACUUUGGCUUUGCCCGAUAUUUACAGAGUAAUAUGAUGGCUGCCACAUUAUGCGGAUCACCUAUGUACAUGGCUCCCGAAGUGAUCAUGUCACAGCACUAUGAUGCCAAGGCAGAUCUGUGGAGCAUAGGGACAGUGAUCUAUCAAUGUCUGGUUGGCAAGCCUCCUUUCCAGGCCAAUAGCCCUCAGGAUUUAAGACUGUUUUACGAAAAGAAUAAAAAUCUGGUUCCAAGCAUUCCUCGAGAGACUUCUGCUUAUCUGUCUGACUUGCUGUUAAGUCUACUUCAGAGAAACCAAAAAGACAGACUGGACUUUGAGGGAUUCUUUAAUCACCCGUUUCUCGACCAGGUGUCUACAGUCAAAAAAUCAUGUCCUGUCCCGGUGCCUACAUACUCUGGGUCAAGCAUUUCCGGCAGCUCCUGUGGAAGCUCUCCAUCUUGUCGUUACGCCUCGCCUCCUUCUCUACCAGACAUGCAGCAUGUCCAGGAGGAAAACCUUUCUUCCCCUCCACUGGCUCCUCCAAAUUACCUGCAAGUGUCCAAAGACUCAGCCAGCACCAGCAGCAAGAACUCUUCUGGGGAUAUUGAUGACUUUGUCCUCGUUCCCCACAAUUUGUCUUCUGACCACUCCUAUGAUCUGCCUACAGGGGCGGCUGGGCGGAGAGCAUCUAGCGACUUCUUGAUGUGCGGAGGACAAUCGCCAUUAAACACAUCUGGUGGCUCGGGCAAUGCACAGAAACCUUCAUCCUCACGAUGUGGUUCUUCAACAGUGCCAACCAGACCGAGUCAGCCACAGGUGUCGCCACGUAGCGAGAGCGCGCCAAUUCCUGUCCCGACGCAGCUGCGAAAUUAUCAACGCAUUGAGCAGAAUCUGUCAUCCACUGCCAGCCCAACAUCUAAUCCUCAUGCCUCCCCCAGCAGAUCUGGUGCAGUAAGGCGCUCCAAUACUAGUCCUAUGGGAUUUUUAAAGGUUGGUUCCGGCUCUCCCAGCUCAGCAGAAGUGGUGCAGGCCAUUGGACGACGUUUAUCCACCGGAUCCUCGCGCCCAUACUCUCCUUCACCACUAGUUGGUGUCAUCCCAGAGCAGCUUGGACACUGUUGUUGUGGACAUGCUCAAGGACAUGAAUCCAGGAGCAGAAAUUCCUCAGGUUCCCCAGUGCCGCAGUCCCAGUCCCCACAGUUUUUGCUGGGAGGCAGGUUGCAGAGCUCCCCUACACUCACUGAUAUCUACCAGAACAAGCAGAAGUUGCGAAAGCAACACUCCGAUCCGGUGUGUCCCUCGUACGCAGGCCAUGGCUUCAGCCAUUCUCCACAGCCAACAAGGCCUGUCAGCCUUGGAGCUUCUCCUACAAAGCACAUGGGAUCAUCACCCAGGAGCUCAGAAUGGCUAUAUAAAUCCCCGCUCCCCACUAUUAUUGGAUCGCCGACUAAGGCAACCGCUCCAUUCAAGAUCCCGAAAACACAGGCAUCGUCAAACCUGCUCGCUCUGGCCUCUCGUCAAGGCCCCACUGACACUCCUGCGCAGGCUAAAGACUUACCUGACCCAAGAGACUUCUCCCAUUACCACUACAUGCACACUGCUGAAAAGCAGGGCAGUUCAGAGCACAGCAAGACUACUUUUGGAAGGUCUGUAAGUGCUGGGAAGCUGUCGGAUCAGACAGGGAGAGCUACUCUCGGAUAUCAGCAUUACCAGGGCAGCACAGACAGCCUGAAUUCGGAGCGGCCCAUGGAUACAGUUCCUGCAGGGGCAGGUGGAUCAGCGCUGACUGUGCCCUCCAUUGGUACCAGGGCAGUGAUGUUUACUGUAGGUUCCCCACCUAACAGCUCCACCCCACCUACUUGCAGCCACAUGAUGAUGAGAACCAGAACCACAUCAGUUGGAUCAAACAGUUCUGCUGGAUCUCUGUGCUCCACCAGUGGACGUGUACACAUGGGAUCCCCAUCCUGUAUUCACAUGGGCUGUUCGCCUCCUGGAGCAGACGCAGCUCCAAGUCUGAAGUACAUGUCUUAUGGCACGUCGCCUCCCAGCCUCGAAGACUUCAUCACGUUUGAAGCCCCUGAACUUCCUGAAGAAACUCUGAUGGAGAGAGAGCACACGGAUACUCUGCGUCACCUCAACCUCAUGCUGAUGUUCACAGAGUGUGUAUUAGAGCUGACUGCUACGCGGGGAGGGACAUCUGAUCUCGGCACAUCUGCUGUGUCUCUCUAUCAGAUUCAGGAGAGUGUUGUGGUGGAUCAGAUAAGCCAGCUGAGCAAAGAGUGGGGGCAGGUGGAACAGCUGGUUCUGUACAUGAAAGCUGCACAGUUUUUAGCAUCGUCACUGCAACUCGCUAAGUCUCAAAUCAAAUCUGGAAAGCUGACCCCUUCAAGCGCUGUUAAGCAAGUUGUGAAGAACAUGAACGAGAGGUAUAAAUUCUGCAUCAGCAUGUGCAAGAAGCUGACUGAGCAGCUGAACCGCUUCUUCUCAGACAAGCAGCGAUUAAUCGAUGAAAUUAACAGCGUCACAGCAGAGAAGCUCAUCUAUAACUGUGCAGUGGAAAUGGUUCAGUCUGCUGCUCUUGAUGAGAUGUUCCAACAGACAGAAGAUAUUGCAUAUCGAUACCACAAAGCAGCGCUGCUUCUGGACGGCUUAACGAAGAUUCUGCAGAGCCCAGAAGACAUUGAAAACGUCCACAAAUAUAAAGCAAGCGUAGAAAGCAGACUGUCCGCCCUCUGCUAUGGAACAGUAGCAGUGUAUGAAUAGUAGUAAACAGAAGUGGACCACACCACAACAAUAUAAGGGACCACUGUCAUUUCUUAUACUGUAAAUGUGUAUUGGCUAUUGAGAAACCCAAGACAACAAAGAGGAACCAAAAUCUUUACCUGGAAGCUCUAAAUGGAAAAUAAAGCCGAUGUAUGGAUCUCUAAGUUCUCCUCCGCAUAUGGGAACGUUGCCUUACUUGUACAGACACUCCUUACUCCUGCAGGAGUUAAACUUGCCUUUCAAUAAUAAUGGACAGAAACGACUGCCAGUUUUUACUAUGGAGAUGUAUUUUUUAUCUGUAAUGGAAAUGGGGAAAUUAUUUUCUCCAGAAGGGACAAUGGGAGUUUAUGGAGCAGAUAGGGUUAUGUGUAGUGACCCGGUAUUCCAAGAGGGCAUGUAUUACUGACUUUUCAAGGAAUUUCUGGGGUAGUAAGACCAUCCAGUUAAUAAAAACAAAAUAAUUAUAAAAAAAAAAAGCACUUUAUACUGGGACAGGUAACAGAAUCCAGCCAUGUAAAAUUUCUGAUUCAUUUUACUGUCUUUUUUGAUGUGACUGUAAAUGACAUUCUCCUUUUAAACCAAUUUAUUUUGCACUAAUUUCUUAAAAAAAACAAAACUGUAAAUUAUUAUCUCGUAUGGAACUUUUAUCAGUAUAAAAAGGCACAAAGGAUUUAUGAAAGAAAAAAAGUUAUUUCAUUGUAUUUAUCCAAAUCUUCAUGAUAUCUGAAUAUGUAGCUUCCUAAAGACUUUAUGGACCAUUCAAACCAAUUCCCGUGUGUCCAGUUUUUCUACUUGUUUGUUUAAAUACUUGAGAACCUAAUCCUGUUUGUUUUCUCUCCAGCUGUUUUUUUUGCUGGUGAUUUUCAUUACAGAAGAGUAGAGUGU